AUGCCACCAGCAAAAAUAGUCCCAAGUGCUCCAACCACACCUAAUACAAUAGACAAAUUAGAAAGAAGUUUAGAAAAAAAGUCUGGCGAUGCGGAUAAUCGUUGGGCUACGAUUGAUGAUAUACAACAAUUUUUAGAUGGAGUAAACAAUUUGGGUGACAACUAUCGCGAGUUGGAUCAUAAUGAAGUAGGUUUUCGAGUAGAAGAUUUAAUAUGGGGUUUGAUGUAUUUUUCUCAACUAAUAUGA